GAAGUUGCAUCCUUAGAUCAAGUAUUUUCGUGGAGCAGGAUUUGCUAUCCAUAUACACAAACUUUUUACUUUGGAGUGAGGUAAGUAGUUCACUAGCCUUGUAACGUAUCUACGAUAGUCAAGCCUUGUAGUUGCCGCUUUUACUCCAUGGAUUGUGCUAGUCAAAGGAACGAUCAAGUGUGAAUUAAUCCAGUCACGCUUCGAGGAAUUGUUCAACAACGAAUAGGAUAACAAACAGAAAAGUUUUAUUAGCAAAAGAAAGGCUAAAAGUAAUUCAGUUCAAUCUUUUAAAUUGAAAUCUGUGGCGCGCUUAAAUGCUUUUACUAACGGUAUUUAAGGCAAAAAGACAUCGAUCUGAAAUCAAGACUCAGCAGACACCGAGGCCACUGGUUUUAUAGACCGAGACCAAACUAUUUACCCCAAACAACAACUAUUUUACCGUCGCUAUACUCAGAUAAUAGGCUUAAGAUCUGAGGACGGCGAAUGUCUACGCAAGGCGCGAAAAAUCCUUAAGAUACCAAGUCGAAGGCGCGGGCGGCAUUGUUUCCAUAUUUUCGGUUUUUUAUCACAAAGUACUUCAGUAAUGGCUUCCUUUAGAGAGAUUCGUAGCAUUCUUCUGCAAAGUUUUGAUGAUGGCGAUAUGGCUCCAGUCUCUGUUCGUGCGCGUGAACUGACUAAAUGAAUUUAGUCAGCGGGGCUAGUCAGCAGAUGACUUUUCCAUCGCCGGAAUAUCGCUGAACGACCUCGCUGAACAAGCUAGACUCUGCCUUCUCUUCGUUAUGUAAGUAGCCAUUUCUUGUUUGACUCAUCGGCGUUUUCACAUUGAUAUUUCAUUGUUCCGCUUCGAGACACGCGGUUAACCAUACUCACGUGCAAGGAGAUAAGAUACAAGUUAUUAACUUUUACUAUUUUUAUCAUCCAAUCACAGGUCGGAGCCAUUCCUGUAUUUAGUCGCUUGUUAGAGGACGAGUUCCUUCUUCUUUAUGACGUUAACAAAAACUCCAAAAACCCAGAUUUUCCCCAGGAAAGUUAUAGGAAAUUUGACCUUAAUGAUAUGGAUGACAGUGAGUUUUUAUCCGAGUUUCGUUUUCGUUAGAGUGACCUUCCCGUCCUUUCUGAAGCCCUAUAUCUUCCUAACUACUUUGCAUGUCAACAAGGAACAAUAUGCUGUGGAAUUGAAGGGUUGUGUAUCGCACUUCGAAGGUUUGUGUUGCAUGUUUGUCUUUUUUUUAACUGCAAGCAGAACCUUUUUUUGUUCACCAAAUAUGCAAGACACUUUCACAAACACAAAAUAAUGGAGAGAUUAUCAUUUACUAAGCGUAAUUCGUGUUGAUUUUUACCACAUUCAUUGUUAAUAGCGUGAAGAUAAGAGAAUAAGAGAACUUACUGCGCAAUCUUCCUAGCACUCGUGUCGGCUGUAGCCAUGACCUGAUUAGUGGAGAAAGAAAAAAACACUUUUUUUCCUCGAAAAUCAGGCCCCAGAAGAGUAGGCAAACGAAUUAAAAAUAUUAUUGACUUCAUAAUGCGCAAAAUACUCGAAAAUUAUAAAAGAUAUUUUGUAAAAACACUGUAAUCAACUCAUAUUUUAUACGAAACGGCAAACUAGUUGUUUUGAUGCCGCAGACAACACAGCUACGGCGGGAAUUUACGGGGAACGGCUACCGGAAGUAGGUAAACAUGCAUUAAAACUUCCGCCCGCCGUCGUAGACAUCCGCCGUCCUCAGAUCUUAAUCUCAGAAAAUUAAAUAUAUCUCAGGUCUCUAAUCGCUAGGUACCGGUACUCUUAAUGACUAAUUAAAAUUUUCUCGCUCUCAUGUGCACAUCUUAACUUUGAUAAGCUGUACACCUUCCUUUCGAACGAGGACCCCUGUUGUAAGUAAAGACCCCACAUCCCCAGGAAUUUAAGGAAAAGUGAAAUUUGGGACUCACCACAAAGGUUGACAAGUUCAGAUUCAAAAAUGGCGAGGUCAGCGAUUUUUUAAAGGUUCCUUUUGCUGCCCUUGAAAGGGUACUAUAACCCUUCAGUUCUGAAGUUUCUUUAUUAGCAUAAGAGCUCUUGUGGGAGUCACAUAGACCAAUGACCUGCCUGCCACUGCAGAGGAAUUGUACAAGAUUGUAGAUAUCUAACAGAAGGAGACAAAAUUCUUGACUUUUUCAUUGUUCUUGUCACAACAGCAUGGUUUGACAGAGGAUAAUGGAGUAGGAAGGUGCAGUGAGCGUUUUUGUAUAAAACGAUAUUCAUUUAGAAGCUGCAAUGUAAAAAUUUUUUUUCUCAAAAAUAUUUAUACAGACUAACAAGAGGCACCCCUGUAACAUGAACUUUGCCCAUAGGGUAGCCUGUGAUGCCCAAUAAAAUCUACUUUGAAUUGAUAUUUGUCUUUGGCAGAGUAAGUGGUGUUCAAAUAUGGCCAGUCAAGUAGAUGCAGAUAAUGGUUCUAGACCAAGUACUAGUGGUCCUGCCAUGAGUUUUAUAAGGACGGCUUCAGAGACUAGGAUAGAGAUUAAUGAUCGUUGGGCAGUUAGAUUCUUGGUGGUUGCCGUCUCUGGGGCUGGUAUUUACUUAACAAAAAGUUUAGUAACUUUUCUCCGUGAGAACCCAGAAUUGGUUACAGAUACAGUACAAAAGGCUGUUAAAGUUUGGGGUAAAGCUAUGGUCAAGCCUGGGUCAAUUAUUGUUGACUUGGAUUGUGGAUCACAGGAGAAAUUUUUGAAGUUUCAAAAAGACUUUGAGGAUGGGAAAGUUAAAGAUGCAUUAGAGAGAGGGUUAGGAGAAAUUGGCUACAAUGCCGAAUUGGAAUUAACUCUCAUAAAGGAAACUCCCAAUGUGGCUACGAUUAAAAAGAGGUAAACAAGUUGUUUUUAUUUGAUAGCUGACAUGUAGUGGUCUGUAGGUCAAGAGACUGGGCAGGCCUUCCCUUCAUACCUCAACAGGCUAUCAUUUUAGCAGGCAGUCACAUUAACUUCUCUAUUCAAACCUGUUUAACCUUGUACUAUAAUUCAGUAUACCUUAAAAUCAGUGUGCACACAUUCUCCAUACUGUUCUUCCCAGAGUAGACACAAGGAGAAUUUAUUUAACAAUCAAGAGCUUCUUUAAUUAGUUGGCGAUCAUUUCCUUUAUUCUUAUGACCUUAAUGUGUGGUUCAGGGAUGAUAUUUUAAGGAGAAAUUAAAUGCUAGAUUAAGUCACUCUUGGGGAUCCAAUGGUUAGUAUUUUGUUCUGUUUCCAACAGCGUGAAGAUUGUUUUAUCUGCAUUAAUGCCUUAACUCUGCAGUUCAAAAGCAUUGCCAGGUUCUUUUUUAAUUCUUCUAAAUAUGCUAAGGACCUUAAGCAGGAAAAUUUUGCUCUUCCAUAAUGACUAGCUAGCUCCCACUGUUGGCUAAGAUAACAUUGUUGAUUUGAGCUUGCGAUGAAAAUCUAAGAAGUUAUAGGUGACUUUAAAGUUCUCUAGACACUAAUCUUUUGCAAAAAUGCAAAUUGCUAAAGAUCAAAAUGGGGGAUUAAUAAUUCACUUUAUGUGGAUGUUUUUUGUUUAAAAUGCCAUAUUCUUAUGCGAGAUUCAGUAUACUUUAAGAGUUCUUGUUAGCUGUGUUAUUUUAUUUUAUUUGUUAGUGUUGACAUUUAUCCAUCAUCACAAUAAAUUGACCUCCAGUGUUAGCAAAAAGAAAAAAUACUUAUUUAAUAGGUAAGAGCUAUAUUUUUUGAGAAAAAGGUACAAUGUUGCAUUUUCAGCAAAGAAACUGUGAAACAAGAGACCAAGAAAAUUUUGUCUGCUGAAGAAAUUAAGAAAGAAGGAAAAAAGCGGGAUCAGAAAGCUGGUAAGACACGUGAUCUGUGAAUGUUUACAGACAUUUAUAUAAUGCAAUGUAUCAAAAGAUAUGCUACUGCAAGAUCUUAUAGCCUCCAAAUUCAGAAAAAGUACAAACUACCUUGCUAGUCUGUAUGUAGCAAUGGAUUUUUGUUUUGUAAAGGUGAACACAUAGAUUGAAAUUGUUUAGAAUAAAUGUACCUACGAAUUAGCCUCUCAUGCCCAAAUUUUGCACUCAAACUUAACAAAUUUAACCUUUGUACAUUUAAUUACCAAACCAAGUAUUGCGAGAGUCACCUAUAUUUAAAAAUAGAAAUUUGUAUACGCAAUUCUAACCAUGAAAAGGGACAGGCAACCCAACUAAAGAAGACAUUAAGUCUCCCUCUCAAAAGCGUAAAGAUAACACCAGAGACUUUUCAUUUGCCGAUUGUGUUUCCUGAGAACGGAGAAAAGGUUCAAGUCGAUGUAAUUGUGAAAUAAGUUUUCAAAGGUAAAGGUAGGGUUAAGUCGAUUCCAAAAGCUGACAGGGGAAUUGGCAAGCAUGUAUCACAGAUAGUACUCAAGAUGUCUGGAAAAUUCGUACAAUUCGGCUUCGGUAAGUAGGCUACUUACCACCGUGAGCAAAAUUACGCGUGACAUCACACUUAAGUUUCGAUUGGGAAUUGUCAAUAGGCUACCAAAAAUUCAGACAGAGGCGGAGUUUUCUGAACUAAUGUCUGAACACUUUGUUGGCUUUCUGCCGUCUGGUAAUUAUGUACACGGUGGUAAGGGCCCUUCCGCACUAGCAACUAGACGCUGAAAAAACUUGUUUCUCUUCGCCAAAAAUCACAUCAGAAUAUGUCCUUGCUAAAUGUCAAGUGAGCGGCACGUAUCAGCAUCCCUAGGGAACCCUUUACAUAAGAGGGCGGAGGUGCGCGCCUGAAAUUUCGAAAACGAUCGUCAUAAAAUUAUAAAAGGUACUUAAGUCUUAUCCGUGUGGGAGUGGCAACAAUUAGCCUGUAAAAACAAGUGUUUAUGUCCUUUUCUGUCUUUUCAAUGCUUCCCUCGCUCCUACAGAGGAUUCAUACAAAUAUGAGAGCCGUGCCGCGUUUACAUUGUACAGGUAGAAAAGGUCGUCCAGAAUGAGGGUGGUUUCUGUAAUGAAAACCCCAAUAAACUCACUCAGAAAUGACUCGUUUCGAGUAAAUUUUACGCUGGUUAUUAUGUGGCAACCGGUAUGAACUCGUUCUUGAACAAGACUCAUUCGGAUAUCAUGUAAAAGGCCCCUAAAAGUUUUUAUUUCCAGAGCAUCACGCUUUGCUCGCCUCUCUGAAUACUAAAAAUUUCAGUAGCGUUGAAGCAACAACCCACUCUUAACUGCUUCGCUGCCGCUGAAACAACGAUUAGUGAAGAAAGGACAUGUUUUAAUAUUUUAAAUUCAACGUAAACAAAAAUCUUUGUACAUGGUAAAUAUUCACUUGUGUUGGUAUCAAUUAUUGCGUGACUAGCUUAUGAUAUAAGCUAGGGAGGGGAAAACACAACGCAAAACCUGGGCUCCUGUCAAAAAGUAAUACCCAGGUGUAAUAUAAUAAUCGAAACGGCUAAUAAAAUCAUAAAUAAACAAGGUAAGAGUGUUAUGUUAGAUUUUUUGCAGAUUGUAGUGAUUUACGCCAGUUAACGGUGGCGACAAGUAGGCGCACCAUGUAUAUUCCAUAGUCGCUAUCAAGUAAAUUUUGCCGGACUUUGAGUUCGUCUCAAGAUAGAACAACACAAAUACACAAGGAAAUUUUUACAGUAACUUUAUAACCAUCCUUUGGUCUUUUAAAAGCUUGAAGUUCAGUAGAUUCUGUCAUAUCGGUCAUUGUUAAAACUGUCUUUGUUUUGAUGCUACUUUUCGACAUAGGAAAAGUAUGUCGGACAAAAAUAUUCACCAAAAAAUUAAUAUUUCUUUGCCAGCUCCAAUAACGACAGGGGAUUAAGUUUAGAUGAUACAACAAAGGAUUGUGUUGACAGAAAUACCGUAGGUCUAGUACAUUCGUUACAUGAGGUCACACAACUCGGGUAAUAUUCACGGUGAAAAUUUGCAUAUUUGAGCGGUCGAACGAAAAAAGUCUUUUCUCGAAAACUAAAAUAUAUUUUUACAAAAAAACUACACCACAAUUAUUAGACCAUAUUGGGCUACAAUAUAUGAAAGUAGGAGUGAAAACAAAUUUACGUGACUUGCCGCUGUUUGUUUGAUGCAUGCUGACAUUAGCUCUUAAGUUGAUUAAUUUUCAAAAAUCUUGUAAUUACUACAUGCGCUGUAGGUAACUAUAUAAUAGCAUGAUAUUUUUAGGAUUGCAUGAUCAUGUAGAAUUUCUUUACAAACUUGAAGAACCUACAAUGUCUCUCCCAAAAUAGUUUUUUUGUGAUGAAUUGUUACUGACUCACAAUAGGUUAUACCCCCACUAGCUGUCAGUACAUAAAUCAUUAAAUUAUGAACUUGGAGAGAACAGUUUUGUUCACAUUUUUGUAAGAUUUCCAAUGAGAAAAGGCAUAUUAAUCAUACCUUACAGAGUUGUAAAUGUAUGACAUGAUCAUUUUUCUAUUGCUAAUGGGGUUAAAAAGAAAUUUUGAAUAUUUGACAUUCAUGGCAAUGUAAUCUGACUGGCAAUCCUUCACAUAAAUGAAUGAUAGUCAUUUCAUUGGUGUCAUGUCAGGUACUUCGUCCCAGUCAAAGAUUUCAUUGUAAGUACUAAAACAUGGAACGACCUAAAACCACCUACAACCACCUACAACUACCUAGGUAGAGAUAACUUUGCAACAUGUAGUUACAAAUAAAUUCCAGUUGGUUAUUGAUCGUACGAAUCUUGUGAUUUAUUUAACCUUGAUUUACAUCCUUUUAUCAAUAGCCUUUUUACAACAUUGUACAACAUGCAUUUAGCUAAUAUUGAACACGCCAAGCAUUUAUCUCCGUGUGCCUGAAAAACGCAACAAAUUAUACCUAUUCUGCAGGCCAAAUAUCUUAAACUUCAGUUCUAUGGACAAACUAGUUAGCAGGAGGAAAUGCAAGCACAAAAAUAAAAUAUUACAUUUUUACCCUAACCUUUUCAUCUUACUUACAUACUAGCUUCUCGUUCCACUAAAGUCAAGCAAGAGGAGGAAAGAGGCUCAGCUUCCAAAAAACCUAAACGUGUCAGUACAGGAGAACCUGGAACUUAUGGGGUAUCCAACACUAGUGAGAAAAGGAAGUUUAAGGGUAAGGACAAAAGGAAAAUUAAAUUUUAAGUUGAUUAAUUUUCAAAAAUCUUGUAAUUACUACAUGCGCUGUAGGUAACUAUAUAAUAGCAUGAUAUUUUUAGGAUUGCAUGAUCAUGUAGAAUUUCUUUACAAACUUGAAGAACCUACAAUGUCUUUCCCAAAAUAGUUUUUUUGUGAUGAAUUGUUACUGACUCACAAUUGGUUAUACCCCCCACUAGCUGUCAGUACAUAAAUCAUUACUCUGAUCAGUUUGAUUAAAUUAUGAAUGUGAAGAGAACAGUUUUGUUCACAUUUUUGUAAGAUUUCCAGUGAGAAAAGGCAUAUUAAUCAUGCCUUACAGAGUUGUAAAUGUAAAUUUGUAAAUGUUGUAUUGGAAGCUUUAGCAGUCUGCUUUUUGGUGGUGGUGUUCUUGGAAACUUGAAUAGAUAAGGUUCACAAGAAUUCAGUGCUUACAAUAUCUCACAUACUUAAAAAAUAAAAGUUAAUUGAUACAACUCACUGAUGAUCUUGUAAGGUUCAUUGAAUAGUCACUCAUGGCAAUGUAAUCUGACUGGCAAUCCUUCACAGGAUUCAUUCAGGAUUCAGGAUUUCUUCAAAAAGGAGAAGAAUGAAAAGGCAAAAAUUUUUGAUACAUUCCUUUAUGGCUUGUCCCAGGCUCAGAUGGUCAGUGGAGACAAAAAGAAAGCACUGAAGGCUGUUAUUUGCCUGCUUACUUUCCUCAUGCGCUGACCAAGAGCCUGGAAAAGGCUGGUUCCUUUUUUAAAAAUUAUGGUCAUUAAAUACUGAAGUACUUCAAUAGAAUAAAUCUUAAGAUAAGUUAUUUUCUUUGUUCAUUGCACGUGGGUUUAUGAAGAAGUAAUUGUAGUUUUAAGAUGGAACUGACUUAGUACAGUAAUAGCACAUAUUUAAAUUAUUAGUGUAUGCAUGCCUGUACUUGGAUUAACUGAUGUUCUACAUCAUAAAGGCACAGUUUGUUGGAGUUAUGACAUUUUAAUAACAAGCAUAAUAAUAGCAUUCUUGGGUGAAGAGCUCAUUAAAAAAACCACCAAGAUAAUAUUAUUAAUAACGAGAGGAGCAGUGUCCUUAGUAAUGUGUAGUUCUGGUUUUGUGUCCUCUUUUUUUCACCUAGUUUGAUAUUCUGCUUUUAUAUUCAGCUGUCUGCCAUUAUUUAAUCAUGUUGGACUUUGUCCUAAGGUGCAUCCAAGGAAAUUCUUGCUAAAAGACCUAGAACUCAAUCUAAGAAAAGCAAGAGUAAUAUUUGGAAAGGUAACUUAUUGAUCAAAAUCAGCACUAUUACACAACUUCAAGUCAGAUUGAAUCCUUGUAUAGGACCUUGUUAUAUGUAAUUAUGUUGCUUCCAGAUUCCUAAAAAAGCAAAUGGGGGUAGUUUUAAGACAGGAACUAACUGUCAACAAGUCAUCAACAACAUAUAGGAGAUAUCCUUAGCAGACAUGUUUAGCUGACUUACAUAGGUUGCAGUAUAUUGGAGAGAAAGUAAAACAAGUGAUAUAUGGGUAAUUGACUUUGGCUUUCUCUGGGCUUUGUUCAAGUUCUAUAAAAGCUCAAAGAGAAGUUUUCAUUUUUUUUCAAACAGACACAUCAAAGAGCUUUUCAAUCACAUGUACUUAAGCUUUGCCCGAAAUGUCACAAAUCCUUAUAAUUAUAGUUACUUGUCACGAAACACUCGCUAAAACCGUAAGACCUCACGCUUUGAAAAUAAGCAGUGACUGAGAGAAUGAUAUAGGAGGCGACUAAUCUAUAUAUAUAUAUUGAUGAUAAAAUACCUGCAUUUCUUUAGUGCUUUUGCAGAUUCUCGUUUGCUUUACUUCAGAAACUUUUACUAAAUAAUUAACUUCACUUCAUGUAUAUUUUCUACUUACAAAAGUUGAAGGUUUUUUUGUUCUUUUUUCUUCUUCUCUCAGAACAACCCAAUAACUCUAAAGGUUUUAAUGUUAUAUUAUUGUCUACUAACUCAGCUCCUUUUGACAUUUCUGAAUUUAAAAUCUAGGUACAUCUGCACAAACAGUUAACAAGAAAAAAGAGAUGGCUAGUACACCAAGACACAGCAAAAAAAACGGUAAGUAUCUGAAAAGCCACUAAGUAAGGUAAGGAAAACUUCAGAAUUUUCAAACAAAAUUGACCCAAUUAUGGCUAUUCUGUUGAAUAUCAAGAAAGUGAUAAUCAUUAUUAGUACCAUGACUUACUGGCUAGUUUGAUUGAAUACAUGUACUAUCCCUGAGAGACGACUUGGUUCUGAGAGCCAGCUAAUGAGAUCUCGUACAUGUAAGUAGAUAGGCUUUUUUUAAAGCCAGUUGAUUUCAUUUGUUACUUUGUGGAAAUGGAGUCCAGAGUUAUUAAAUCGUUAUCAGUGGUUCGAGGGCUAGAUUGUCAGACAAAUGAUUUAAAGUCUUUUCUAUAGUUAAAUAGGGCAUAUCAGAUAUGGCUGAGCUAGAAGUAUUGGAUAGAGAUAUUGGUGACAAGUGGAAAAUUUUGGGAAGACGUUUAAAAGUUCCAGAAGAACUGGAAAUAAUUGAUGCGCAAUAUGAAAACCUUACUGAAAAAGGCUUCCAGAUGCUUAAACACUGGACCCAGAAAAGAGGUUCCUCUACGACCAACAGAGUUUUAAGUGGUACCUUAAAAGACGAACCUUUAUAACAUUAUGGUUGACAGUUGACAUAACAUAUGCUUUUCCUGUCUUUUCACUCUGAUAUGCUAGGGAAUGAGCAGUUUAGUAUACACUUUCUCUGCUCUGUUUUCUUGUUCUUAUAUUUAUACAUGUCACUUUCUUGGAAAAGUUUAAAAAACAUAUCCAAAUCUUGACAUUUCUUUGCGCAACCAAAACAGCUGCUCAAGAGUCAGAGUUACGUAACAGCAAACUAAGUACAGUCAGCAAGAGUGUUGUUUCGUGGUCGAAUCUCAAAGUAGAAAUUGAUCGCUCAGCUUUUUUUUAGAACAGUAUUUUUGACUCUUCCAUGCUGAGCAUUAGUAGAUCUAGAUCAUCGGUAAUACUAAACAAGUUGACCAGUAUUAAAAGCUUGUAGGUUGAUUUUAACCAAAAUAAAUACAAUUAUUCAGGUCAUUAUGACAUUUCAACUGGUAAAUUGUUGUAAUUUAUGAGACUACACGGCAUUGUAUUUAUUUUACACCCCAUUGUUGGUGUGCUAAUGAAGAAUUCCCCCAAAAAGUGUUACAGAAAUAUUUGGUAAGGAUGGCAGUUAUUUUUUGACACAUUGAAACUCACAGCAAGCAAUGUUAUUGUUGUUUAGCUUUAAGCAGAAACACAUGCAUUCUUGAGGGUAACCUGAUUGUUAAAUUUUUACGAGAAGUUUCCUCGAAUGAGCCUGUUGAAGGCUGUCAGUUUUCCAUCAAUUUCCACCUGUGAAAUCCCAGGACAGACUUGAGCGACUAAACCUCAUAAAACGGCAGCUUUUUCUUUAUUUGCUAUUAUUGUUU